GGCGGCACAAUUCAAAACUCAAGACGUUAGCUUCUCGCCAUGACGGAAUGAAACUGUUGUUUACCAAGUAGCCACAAUCAUUUUAAUUAUUUGACUAGGAACAACUGGAAGGUCAAAAUGGAGCCCCUGGACCCUGGCAAGAAUGAUGAAAACAGCGGAUUCUCCAAUAGACACAUUUCUUCUAUAUUAAAAGCCCCGCGGAAAUCAAUACGAUUUCCUGAUUCAGAGCAACAGGAAAUCCAGGUGGAAAGUGCCAAACCAGUGGAAAGAAGGAAUUCCAGAAGAGUCAGCUUUGCCCCAGCUAAUGAUGUUCUUCUUUUUUCCAAGGAUGUGAAAAAGACCUCAUCUGACCGAAGUCCAUUACAAGAACUAAUGACAACAGUCCCAACACAAAAUAGGGUCCAGGUGACAAGUGAAGAUGAAAUUCAACAAAUUAUGGGAAUGGAAACCCUGUUGAAUGCACCACUUCAUACCGCUGAGCAAAAAGAAAAGGCCAACCUGGACACAGGCUUUGGAGAGAAAACCAUGAUUUAUUGUGAGGAUGAUGGAUUUUUGGACAUGACCCAGUCUCACACUGUCAACAUUGCCUUUUGUGAAGACGAUCUCUUCGGUGCUCCACAGAAGAGUGGUUCCAACUUCCUUCCAAGUGGAAAGAGUACAUCAGAUUGUGUAUUCACAGAUAUUAACCUAAGGCAUACAUUCAACAUGGCCAGAGGGUUUGAAUUUCCACCUGAUGGCAGAAACACAGGUUUCAGUCAAUCAGUGCCAAGCUUUGGUCCUACUUUGACCCACUCUCUGCCAAGUCUUUCAAAACCAACUGCAUUGAAGAUGAAACUUUCUAAUGCUACCGUUAACCCAAGCCUCUCCCAGACCAAAACCCAAAAGGUCAAUGUGGAUAAAGAAAAUCUCGUUCCGUCUUUCUUUAGAAAUGCGGGGAAUGUUAGAGAAUCAUCCCGUGGCAGCACACUCUGUCAAGAUGAAAACGUUAAUAUGGACGUGACAAACACUGGCGGCGUUACAGGAUUGACCGCUGACGACGAUGACGAUCCUUUUCAGGGGCUAUUUCCCGCAAAAGAAAUGUACUCUCAGUCUGAUAGAGGGUCACAACAAUCACAGAACCAAGAGAACCCACAGAAGCAAGCCACUAGGACACCAAAGGCAUCAGAAGACAGGUGCCUAAGGGUGAACGCUGAAGAAGAAUGCAGAGAGAAAACCGUGAGGUUCACAGCAGAGGACAUGUGCAUGGACAUAAUUAAGAGUGACACCGGUAAAAUCACAACAGAUCUGUCAAAUCCUCCAAAUUUGGACAUUUUUGACAGCGACAGAAAAGCUGUGUCUUCUAUGGAAAAGAGACACAGAGACACUAUUGGACUGUCAUCAUGUGCAAUUAAUUCAAACCCUGGAUUAGAAAACAUCCUAAGUGUCUCAAAGCCAAAAGACAUCAGCGUUAAUGCAAGAUAUUCUGGAAUGGCUAAACCUUCGUUGACAAAGGCACCAUCUAAUAGAGAUCCAGACUUUCCUGAAGAUGAACUGAGCAUGGAUAUGACAGAAGUUCAAACAGGCCUCAUCAUAGAGAGGACAGGCAAUAAUGACCCAAUCCAUUGUCUCAGACCUGCACAAGAAAUGCACUCCAAAGGUGGACAAACCGCAUCCCAGCAGUUGUGUACUGAUAAGCGGAAGUCAUCUUGUAAUACAGCAAAGGAAACAUCAUUGAAGGCCCCUUUUAGACAUCAGGCUAACUGUGAUACUCAAGAGGACUGCAGAGAGAAAACAAUUAAAUUUACAGCUGACAACGAAUUCAUGGACGUGACAAAAAGUCACAUUGUAAACAUGGCCUGUGUUUUCCCAAUGCAGUCACGCAAAAGUUUACCUACAAAUAAGGAGCGGACGAUCAGGUUUAGUGUAAAUGAUGCAGAUAUGGAUGUGACACAAAGUCACACUGCGAACAUUGCUCUUGUGGAGCCGGAAGAAUACCAUUAUGUUGACUUGUUACCUGCUGGAGUAGACAAAACAAUGAGGUGUAAUGCAAUGGAUGCCGCUUUAGAGCAAACACAUAGCCAAACUGCAAACUUCGCUAAUUUUUUGAGGACAGGAGCACACCAUAAUUGUGAUGUAGCACCUGCUGGAAAAGAUAGAACAGUGAGGUUUACUGCAGAUGAUGCAUCUAUGGAUGUGACACGAUGUCACACUGUAAGAAUUGAUACUCCGUUUGAACCAAGCGCACACAAUGUGGAUGUUUUACCGGAAGCAGGAGAGAAAACAAUGAGGUGUACUGCAAUGGAUGAGACACAAAGCCACACUGCAUACGUUGCUAAUUAUUUGGAGCAAGGAGCACACCACAAUGUUAACUUUGUACCUGCAGGAAGAGAAAAAACCUUGAUGUUUACUGCAGAUGAUGCUGCUAUGGAUGAGACACAAAGCCACACUGCAAACAUCGGUAAUUUUUUGAAGACAGGAGCACAUCAUAAUUUUGACGUAGUACCUGCUGGAAAAGAUAGAACAGUGAGGUUUACUGCAGAUGAUGCAUCAAUGGAUGUGACACGAUGCCACACUGUAAGAAUUGUUACUCCAUUUGACCCAAGAGCACACAAUGUGGAUAUUUUACCGGCUGCAGGAGAGAAAACAAUGAGGAGUACUACAAUGGAUGCUGCUUUGGAGGAGACACGUAGCCACACUGCAAACAUUGCUACUCAUUUGGAGCCAGGAGCACACCAUGAUACAUUUGUACCCGCUGAAACAGAGAAAACCCUGACGUUUACUGGAGAUGCUGCUGUAAUGGAUGAGACACAAAGCCACACUGCAGACGUUGCUAAUUAUUUGAAGACAGGAGCACAUCAUAAUUUUGACGUAGUACCUGCUGGAAAAGAUAGAACAGUGAGGUUUACUGCAGAUGAUGCAUCAAUGGAUGUGACACGAUGCCACACUGCAAGAAUUCUUACUCCAUUUGACCCAAGAGCACACAAUGUGGAUAUUUUACCAGCUGCAGGAGAGAAAACAAUGAGGUGUACUGCAAUGGAUGCUGCCUUGGAGGGGACACGUAGCCACACUGCAAACAUUGCUACUCAUUUGGAGCCAGGAGCACACCAUGAUACAUUUGUACCUGCUGAAAGAGAGAAAACCCUGACGUUUACUGGAGAUGCUGCUGUAAUGGAUGAGACACAAAGCCACACUGCAGACGUUGCUAAUUAUUUGAAGACAGGAGCACAUCAUAAUUUUGACGUAGUACCUGCUGGAAAAGAUAGAACAGUGAGGUUUACUGCAGAUGAUGCAUUUAUGGAUGUGACACGAAGCCACACUGUGAAAAUUGACACUCCGUUUGAAAAAAGAGCACAACAUGUAGAUAUUUUAUCGGUGGAAGGAGAGAAAACUAUAAGGUGUACUGCAAUGGAUGCCGCUUUGGAGGAGACACGUAGCCACACUGCAAACAUGGCUACUCAUUUGGAGCCAGGAGCACACCCUAAUGUUAACUUUCUACCUGCUGAAGGAGAAAAAACUUUAAGGUUUACUGCAGAUGAUGCAGCUGUGGAUGUAACAAAAUGCCACACAGUACAAAUUGAUACCCCGUUUGAACGAGAAGUACAAAAUGUCCUCUGUGUACCUGCUAAAGGAGAGAAGACGUUGAGGUUUACUGCAGAUGAUGCAGCUAUGGAUGUAACAAAAUGCCACACCGUAAAAAUUGAACACAAUGACGACUGUGUACUUGUUGGAGGAGAGAAAAAAAACAGGUUGUCUGCAGAUGAUGCUUCUUUGGAUGGGACACAAAGCCACACGCCAGACAUUGCUACUCAUUUAGACUCAGGCGCAGACCUUAAUGUUAACUUUGUACCUGCUGGAGGAGAGAAACCCUUGAGGUUUACUGCUGAUGAUGCAGCUAUGAAUGUGACAAAAUGCCACACCGUAAAAAUGUGUACUCCUUUUGAACUAGAAGUACAUAGUGUCGACUCUGUACCUGUGGUAGAAGGGAAAACUACCAGGUUUUCUGCAGAUAAUGCCUCUUUGAAUGGGACACAAAUCCACACUCCAGAAAUCGCUACUUGUUUGGAGCAAGGAGCACACCUGGGUAACUUUGAACCUGUUGGAAGAGAGAAAACCUUGAUGUUUACUGCAGAUGAUGCAGCUAUGAAUGUGACACGAUGCCACACUGCAAGAAUUAAUACUUUUGAACUAGAAGUAAAAAAUGUCAGCUGUGUACCUGUUGGAGGAGAGAAAACAACCAGGUUUUUGGCAAAUGAUGACACUUUGGAUGAGACAAAACGCCACACUCCAGACAUCGCUGCUCAUUUUGAGCAAAGAGCACAUCAUGGUAACGUUGUACCUGUUGGAGGAGAUAAAACCUUUAGGUUUACUGCAGAUGAUACUGCUAUGGAUGUGACAAAAUGCCACACUGUAAAAAUUGAUACUCCUUUUGACUUUGAGGUAAAAAAUGUAGACUUUGUACCUGUUGGAGGAGAAAAAACAACCAGGUUUUCUGCAGAUGAUGCUUCUUUGGAUGGGACACAAGGCCAUUCGGCAAACAUCGCUUCUAAUUUUGAGCCACAAAACAAAACAAAUGUGGAUACUUGGCCGGCAGGAGAAGAGAAAAUCUCGGGGUUCUCUGCAGAUGCUGCUGCUACAGAUGGACAGCAAAGACCCGCCAUAAAUAUUUCAUAUUCAAACAAAGAUACUCCUACGAAGAACAGAGAUGAGAUGAAGCAUCCGCCAAGAAAUGACUCUUCUCCAGUACUCACUAUCCAUACAGGAUUGAAAAAGACAGAUUUCCCAUGGGCUAAUCCCAUUGUCACAAAAGAUGAAUGUCUAUCAGAGUCAUCCUCAAGAGAAACUGGUGACACAGACCACUUCAUCCCAGCUCAGCAUAAAACACCAUGCAUUGUCAAAAAAACCAUAGUUCCAGCUCUGUUGGAUAAUUCUGUGAGUGAUGUCAAAAACAUGCAUGGCUCAUUACAAAGAGCAGAGACUGAUGUAAGCAUGGACAUAACUGAAGCUCAAACAGGUUCUAUUGUUGGAGAAAAAUACUCUAAUGGAAAUGAGCAUCCUUUCUCUCAAUUAUCAACACAGGACCCAGAUGCUGGUGUUCAAAAGAUCAGAAGAGCAACUUCACCUCAGCCAAAUCAAGAGUUGGGUCUGAGCAAACAAGAUGCAGUGGAAAUUUCAAAUGUUGCGUAUUCUGUCUACUCAGACGAAACUGACAUUAGGAACGUGUCUGAAUUAGGACAUAUAACCAGUCCUUUGUUGGCAAACUUUAAUUUGGCUAGCGCUGUCGACAAUGAUAGUCCUUCAAGGAAGUCCAGACGGAAAAGUUUUGCUGAUCUCCAAUUAAAAGUGAGGCGUUUGAGCCGUUUAGUUAACACGACUCCUGAGACUCCAGCCAUAGAAAGCUGCAUAGCACCUUUGCCUCAUGUGGAUCCAGGGAUUAACACAAAUCCAAAAAACAAUGAUUUGCUCCCUGUAGUAGUACCUGAUGUUAUAGUUGAUAUGGGAAACACUGAGGGUGAAGCACAAGAUCUUCCACUAGAAUAUGCUACUGUGGAAACUCCUUUUAAACUUAAAAAUCUGAUGUCGAGACUUUCAAUGGGAGAUUUCAAGCCAAAACUCCCUCAAAAAAACAGAGUUGAUGAUUCAAAGAAGGCAGAUUCCAGCCACAUGAAUUCUGAGAGAAAAAGGGAUCGCACAACCACAACCAACAAUAUUGCUAAUGAUAUGGGCAACUGGAAAGAUGACGUUAGUGACAUUUACGAUGAAGAGCUUGGUCGCUGUGAAGAUUUGUUGGGGACAUUGGACACAAGUGGCUCUCCAAAAAUGACAGCAAAUGUGAUCCCUUUUGAAGAAUGUGACAUUGGUCAAAACUUAAGAGCUGACGCUUUUGAAGAAGACAAUCCAAAUUGUGCCCCUGGAAUAAAAAGACGUUUACCGUCAGAUGAAGGUCACACGGAGGAGGAGAAGAAAUUGAAGAUGUCCCCUGAGAUGGUUCCUGAGACUGUUAAGAUGACCAUGGAUUCCUCGAGCACUACUCACACAUCCAGCAGCAGAGGCGAAGCUACAUUUAAUUCCACCUUUAAACAGAGCAUAUUUGAAUCCCAGCUGGAAGACUAUUCCAGUGAUGUACAAAGGAAAUUAGAGGAUGGCACAAUAACGGUAUCAGAGUUCUUUAAGCUCUUCAACAUUGACUUUGUGAUCCAUAAACCCCGGCAAAGCAUACUUCCUGGCAGACCUUCGUCCGACACAGAUCGCACUCCAGUGGAUGUGAUGAAAGACAGACUUAUAAAUCGACCCAAAGAGCGGGUAUAUGAAGCUGACAUCAAGAGCCUGACUGAAAAGGUGGAAGGAUUGAGUUACCGAAUGCGUGACUUGGAGAAACCUCUCAAGAUGAUCAAUGCAGCGUUAUGGGAAGAGAUGAAAAAUUCUUCAGAAAAGGAGAUCAAAUCGUUUGGCGUAAAAUUAAAAGAGAGAAACAACUACUUCAGAAAGAUGAGCCGAGUCCGGUCACAUGAAAUGAAGGAGGUCCUGUACACCGGUGUUGUGCAGGCUCUAACGGAUGAGCAGCAAAAUUUGAGAAGUUCAGUUGAAAAAUCUGAAGAGACCGUCAAAAUGCUUGAUGACUGCAUUCGUGAUUUGGAAGCGGAACUUGCAGCAAUUGAGGAUAAAGGAACUGACACCAAACCAAGUCUUAAAUCACUCCAGGAAGAAUUGAAGAAAGUCAAUGAGAGUAUGACCGAGAAUGAGCGGCAAAUAUGUGAUCUGGAGACGCAGAAAAAUCAGGCUUCAAGCAAACUGAACAGUCUAAAGGCUGACACAAAAAACCUUGAGAGCUCCAUUGCUAUUCUCAAUAUGCUCAAUGAAUGGAGAUUGAAAGAGAAGAAAGGCAACUACACAGUCUAUACUUUCCUAAAUGACACAUUACAUCUACAGUUGGUGGAUAAAGGAAAUGGUACUGCUGAAGAACCCGAGCAGGAAACUUCACAAAUUAAUUUCACAUUUCUACUUGAUGAUACAAGUUCACAGUGCCACGCCCGCCUUGUUCACAAACUGAUCUCCCAGUACAUUUACGGCGAAACGUUGUGGGUGAAGAAAUACCCAACAAGCAAUCAUGUUCAAAAGCUGCUCUAUGACGUGUCCUUGGUGGUCAGUCACUGUCGUCUCCUCGGAGAGGAAAUCCGUCUGCUUAAAACGUGGGGAGGUUUACGGCUCAAUAUCCUGGACAUCAGUUGUGUGGACACUCGAAUACAUAUUGUCUUCAGCAGUCUGAGGAGAUGUUCCAAGUUUGAAGUUUCCUUUUCCGUCAGCUUAGACAAGCACAUCUAUGGUAUUCAGGUGCACAGCUUCAGAAACAUCUUUGGGGACGCAACGAUCCAGCAGAUUGUAAGCAUUGUGAAGUCAUUCGUUCCAGCCAGGAAGCUCUUGACAAAGAUUGUGAAGAAGAUUCACACUGAUCUCCUUUCUUUAGCUGAAUAUGUACAGUCUACACCAGAGGUCUCCAACCACUAACUCGUGAGGUACCGAGGUACCGAGACCUCGCCAGGUGAUUUUGAGUAAUUCACCAAAGGGUCAAACAUUUGCUCAAACUCAGUAUUUUUUAUAAAUGUUAAAUACAGGCAUGAUGCCUCUAUUCAGAUGAGAAAUUACCAUAAAAUAGCUGUUUAAAUGGAGAUUUGCUUCUGAAAUAAAGUGCAGUUUAAAUGUUGCCAGUCUUAUAAAACAAAGUAGCUUAAAUACAUAAAAACUGCAGAUGAAUAUUCUUAUUUUUUUAAACAAAUUGUAAGUUGUGGACAUUUUGUUAAUGCUCUGACGAUACAAGCAAAUAUCCCUUUGUUUGGGUUUUAAAUAACUAUUAAAAUAAACUUUGCAAAAAUUAAUAGUUCUCGGUCAAUUUUAUUUUGUAAAAGUAGCUCUCAAAAGACAAAAGGUUGGAGAUCCCUUGUCUACACUUGUAAAUAUGUUUUUUCUAAAUUUCUCGCCUACUUUUGUUGGUCACCUCUAGAUGGCGAGCAUGUUCUACUUAAAUCUGCCUAGUUGUGUUUGCAAAAUACCUUCUGGUUAAAACAUAAUAAUAAUCAUACAUUUAUUAAAAGUGCUUGGAAUGACAUAUCUUAAAGUGUUCAUUUAUAGCUUUUUUAUUCAUAUUCAAAUGUUUCUAUGUUUGUAUGUUUAGGGAUGUAAACAUUUGUUGUGUCAGCAAUCCCUUUUAUCAGCAUGUUGAGAUGCACAGUUAGUGCAUUGUAAAUAACAAUAAAAUUGUA